AUGCCGGAGCAGAGACAGCAGCAGCAGGAGGAGCCGGAGUCCGGCUUCAGCUUCAGGAGCAUAAUCCAGGGCCUGGCAAUCUUCUUCUUCAUCCAAUUCGCGAUGAAACAGGUUAUGGGAAACAAUGACGGCCCGAAUGCAGGAACUACCCCUGGGAAAGCAACGCAAAUCCCUGCUUAUGUCGACCGUCCUGCUCGCAGUGAGAUCGAAAACUACAAUGCAAUUCCUAAUGCCAUUGCCCCCAUAUGGCCCGCCAACAGCUCCCUGGAUAUCAGCAUUUACGUCUCUGCAUCAACUCGCAUGCCCCCGCUGUCCACCGUGCCGCAGGAUUCCCUUAUAAUGGAGGAAAAGGCAUUCAACAUGGGCAACUGGAGCGAGAACCGUGAAGUCGAUACCACUUUCAAAGUGCCGAAGGAGGUGCAACUCAAUGGCACUCUUUGGGCCCAUUUCUACGUUGCCCUAAGCGGCCACCAGCUCGAUCCUGCAGCCAAGGACUACAGUCCCGAGAGUGCCGUCCACUUUCUUCGUCCCUUGAAUCAGUACCUUCCAAAGAAGAAGGUUGCGAAGCGCAAGAAUCUCCUGGCAAACCCCGACGAGACUCCCGAGGUUGAGGAGGACAAUACGCCAAAGUACUCGAUUGCUUCUUACUAUCACCCCAACUUCACGGUUUCGGUGAUCCCUGAUUUUGGCGUAGCAAACUACCAGCAAAUGCAUCCUGCAGUCCGCCAGAAUGUGCACCUGGAAAGCACUGGUGCGCGUGAUAUAACUGGACAAAACACCUGGUACUACCCUGUCGUCUAUCUAAACACAUUUUGGCAGCUCAAAACACACAUGACCGAACUCAAUUCCACUGUUGAAACCUUGCCUCUUCGCAUAGUGUUGAAUAAUCUGAGCAACUGGAAAUUCAAUAUUAUGGCUAGCAUGGAUGAAGUCGCAAAGCAGAACGCUCGCAAUGCGGCUAACGGAAACCCAGUCCCGGGUGGCGGUGAUGGAAAUGAGUUCGAGAUGAUCAAGGAAGUGCUUCUGGACACUAAUGUCUACCUGCUCGGCACUACCGCUAUUGUCAGUGUGUUGCACAUGAUCUUUGAGACUCUUGCUUUCAAGAAUGAUAUCUCUCAUUGGCGCAAGAAGAAGGACAACGUUGGCACCUCUGUCCGCACUAUCAUUGCCAAUAUUUUCAUGCAGGCUGUUAUUUUCCUUUACCUGAUUGACAACAAUGAGAACACAUCUUGGAUGGUUCUUGCUAGCCAGGGAUUUGGUAUCCUUCUUGAAGCCUGGAAAGUCACGAAAAUGGUGGAUGUUCGCCUUCGACCUCCUCCACAGAAUUCAUUUUGGUCUUUCCUGCCUUAUAUGGUCUCAUUCGAGGAUAAACACAAACUUAGCGAAACGGAGAAGAAGACUCAAGAGUACGAUGAGAUCGCUUUCAAAUAUCUCUACAUCAUUGCUAUUCCCCUGUUGGUGGCAUAUGCUAUCUACUCCCUGGUCUAUGAAACUCACAAGUCUUGGUACUCCUUCAUCAUUGAAACCCUGGUAGGCAGUGUCUACACCUAUGGCUUCCUGAUGAUGGUGCCUAGUCUGUAUAUUAACUACCGUCUCAAGUCCGUUGCCCAUAUGCCAGGAAGGGCUUUGAUGUAUAAGUUCCUGAACACCUUCAUUGAUGACCUCUUUGCCUUCACUGUUAAGAUGCCAUGGUUGUACCGCAUUGGUACCCUCAGAGAUGAUAUCAUCUUUUUCGUCUGGGUCUAUCAAAGCUACAAAUACAAAGUCGACUAUAAGCGUGUCAACGAGUUUGGCCAGGGCGGCGAAUCUGACGACGAGGUUGAGGAGGAAGUCCUUUCCGAUACUGUCAAGGCGACAAAGUCAACUGGCGCUUCUCAAGUCGCCGGUGCAUCGACACGCAAGCGGAAGUAG